ACGCUUCUUCGAAUAUGGGACGUGUUCCUUCUGGAAGGUGUAAAAGUUCUCUUCCGAAUAUCAAUUGCCCUUCUCAUUCGACAUCAGAAGGUGCUUUUGAGACAAACAGACACUUUGGCUUUCUGGAAGAGUAUGAAGACCACAGCGAGUCUAGCCUACGACUUUGAUGAGCUUUUAAAAAUCGCCUUCGGUGGUUUCAAAAUGAUCAAACGAAAGGAGCUAAGGUAUCGCCAGGAGGGGCAGAGGCGAGAAUUGGAAAAACGGAUUCGUCAAAGCUCACUCUUCAACGACUCUAGUCCAAACAUGAAAAAUAACAUCGUGGCGGAAGCCUGUGCCCCGAAGCCCUCCCGACUCUUCUGCGUUUCUGCGUUGGGUGAAGCAUCGCCAAGUUUUCUGAUGUGCCAGGAAGAGGGGCAGCACUGUGGGCUGAAGUUGUGCAACACCGACGAGGACGUAUUUUACCCCAUGAAUUUUAAAUUUGACGCGCCUAUUCUUUGUGCAGCCUGGAUGGACGACCGGCGUCUUUUACUGGGUUCCGCGGAAGGUUACAUCUACGCAUUUAGUGUUGAACAAAGAAUGAAUUCGUGGGAAUUGAAGAUGCCGAGCUGUGUGACUGCGAUCGCCAUUGGACGAAGGGACGAUGGAACGCAGCACGCAUUCGACCUCACAUGCGAAAUGGCCCCGAGAGAUCAAUAUAGCCAAAUCCUUGGCUUUAUUGCCGUCUCCUCGAUAGCUAUUGUUGAAGACCAGGUUUGGUGUGCCUGCGGAUGUGUGGUCGAAGUAUUCAAUGUAAAAACGUUCGACCAUGUGAGCAAAAUAACCGUGUCGGACGAUCCUCUGGACAGCGUGCUCUGCUUGGCGCCCUGUUCCAACGGCGUGUGGAUUUCAAUAGCUGGAAAAACUGUGCUCGACCUUUGGUCAACCAGCACAUUCCAGCCUAUUUCUUGCUGUAAUGUACAGGAAUACCUUCCUUCAAGGAAUCUCGGGCAAGACGCAGAUGCUGAUGAAAACCCGGACAGAGUUACUGCCGUUUUGACCAACCAAUCGAAUCUGUUUAUCGGCACAGGAUCCGGGGUAGUUCUCAUAUACAAAAUCCUUAAAUGGAAAAACCAAGCAAUGAUUCAGUCAAGAAGUCGAAGCACAGUCUAUCGACGUUCGGCCACAAUCGAUGACGACGUCGACGUGUCAAAGCGACAGGAUUGGGACACACCUCACGGUAGUUUUGCAGGAAAGGACGAUCGCGAUGGGAACGCGAACAAUUCUUCGGUUGAAAGUGUUGAUCGCAAGCACUCGAAGUCAUCCCUACAAGAUUUUGACAAUUCCUUACCUCCAGUAAGUCUGUCUCUUUCUGCGUUCAUUUACACAUACACGAAUUAA